CAGGAUCUAGUCAUUUUAAUCUGGGCCCUUGUUUUAACAUUUCAAAGGCUUCUUAACAUUAUUCUCAGCCGCUAUUCUGACAUCUACCAUAGUUUCCGUGAUUGUGCAGAAAUAUGUUUACAACCAGUUUAAUCCUGAUUAUUUUAUUUUCUCUUCAUGAACCCUGCUCAUCAAGGGACUUCCACUGGGCUAAUUUAACAUAUCUUAAAAUUGUGGACAAAAUGCAAGCAGACGGAUAUUUUAGUUCAAACCGUGUUAGAGACGCCUUGAAGUUCACUGAUCCGUGGUUUUUCUUAACAAAAGACCCCUACUCAAUGAAAGAACAUGACAUCGGAUAUGGGGCCAAAAUGGGGGCUCCUACUACGAAUGCACGUGUUCUGCAGGCAUUAGAAGCCCACCUUCAACGUGGUUCACAAGCUUUAGAUAUUGAAACAAGCGGGGGUUAUCUAGCAGCUUGUAUGUGGCUUAUGGUUCGCGCUAAGGGUGUUGUUGUGGCCACUAGCAGGAUAGAACAACUGACAAAAUUAGCUGAGAAUAAUGUUGAUCGUUGGCGGAAUAAUAGUUUUAUGCCCAUCUUAGGGAGCAAAAGCACUGGUAUCCUCUUUGCAACUGGCGAUCCUUUUACCUUACAAAAAGCCCAUCCUUCAUAUGAUGCUAUUUAUCUUCGUACUACUGACCAACGCACUAUUGAUUCUUACCAAAAGUUGUUGAAGGUGGGUGGACGUUUGGCUGGUACGCAUACAUACGAUGAUGGGAAAAUAAAGCUAGUAGUGGUAGAUCGUGAUGCAGCAGGUUCAUUCAAGCAAACCGUAUUGGUGGACGAAAAGCAUCCUGAGACAGUAAUAACUCCAUCGCUGCCUUCAGGACCAGAUGACAGCCAACCUGGCUUAUUUGAUCCCGAUUACAUUGGAUACACUUCAAUGCAAGUUAGACAUAUUCCAGACAAAAAUAUCUCACUUUUACUGUGCAUUACUAUCAUUCUACUCAUGUCAUUCUUUCGACCGUAGAGUAUACACUUUUGAUCUCCGCUCACUGUUUACAUCUAGACUGUCACAGUUUAGAGGACUGAACACAAUUUCAUAUUACCGAAUUACUCUCCAUUUGAAGAAACAGAUUAUUACUGGGUUUGUUUCUGCUAGUUGACUCGAAGUCACUAACAUUCAAUAAUUUAGAUUAACCCCAUCGUUUCCGCUCACCUGAAAUUCAUCAUUCAUUUCUGUUUUUGAAACAUGAUAAUUUCUUUUUAAAGUGAUUUCAGUUUUGAGUGCUUUCAUUAGAAUCUAACCAUUCAAUAAUUUUUGUUGGUACGGUAAAUAUGCGCAUGAAAUGUGUUUGUAGUAUUAAUGAAAAGUGUGAUAUCUGUCAUGUAACUGGUGUAUCCCUUUUCAGUUUAUUUGUAUGAGUAUGUUUGUGCAGGUGCUGGUAUGUUUUUAUAAAUGACUUCAUGCAGGUAGGAAAGAACAGAUCCCAUUUCUGUACUUAAUAUUCUUUAGUAUCUUAAGUAUUUUCUAUACAGCAUUCGUCUUUUUCGGUUCUGUUUCUUCUAAGGUGUAGAGCAGCGGUCUAGACAACUUUGAAUAGAAUUAUUGGGUUACAGGUUGGAGGCUUGCAUUGCAAGAGAUUCACUUUGAAGUAAAUGAAGCAGUAACUCAUAGCCAGGGUAUAUUUUUGGUGUUUACCCUUCUUUAUACACAAUCUUUGUGAUAUGAAAUUCAGUGUAUCACACUGGA